AAAAUUUCGCGCAAACAAAUGAAAAAAAAUAUGCGUUGGACUUGCUGGCGUUAAUAGAAGAAACUUGAAAAACUCAAACAAACCGUUUGCAAAGUUGACUUGUUAAUCUUUGCAACAAGCAAAGUGAAUUUGUAAGCAAAAAAAAAAAAAAACAUGGCGCCCACUCCGCUGCCAUUGGAGCAAAUGCCCGCCGCAAAUGCUGGCUAUUUGCCAGCCGGGCAGGAGGGAGGACCGCGCAUCAACACCAUGUCCAUGUCGGUGCUGAUCGAUUUCAUUAUCCAGCGCACCUACCACGAGCUAAUGGUUCUCGCCGAACUAUUGCCACGCAAGACGGAUAUGGAGCGUAAGGUGGAAAUCUAUGCGUAUGCGGCACGCACGCGUCAUCUCUUUACGCGGCUCAACGCUUUGGUCAAGUGGGGCAAUUCAGUGUCCAAGGUGGACAAGAGCUCCCAGAUAAUGAGCUUCUUGGACAAGCAAAACAUGCUGUUUGUGGAGACGGCCGAUAUGCUGGCGCGCAUGUCGCGUGAGACGUUGGUGCGAGCUCGCCUGCCCAACUUUCACAUACCGGCUGCCGUUGAGGUUCUCACCACGGGCACCUACAACCGGCUGCCGACGUGUAUACGCGAACGGAUAGUGCCGCCGGAUGCCAUUACACCGGCGGAAAAGAAGCAAACCCUCUUGCGUCUCAACCAGGUCAUACAGCAUCGGCUGGUCACGGGUAAAUUGCUGCCGCAAAUGCGAGAGUUUCGCAUACGCAACGGACGCGUCACAUUCGAGGUGAAGCACGAGUUCAGCGUGGCCCUCACCGUCAUGGGCGACAGUCCGACUGUGCCCUGGCGCCUUCUGGACAUUGAUGUUCUCGUUGAGGACAAGGAGACGGGCGAUGGCAAGUCGUUGGUGCAUCCGCUGCAGGUCAACUAUAUACACCAACUGAUUCAGGCGCGUCUCGUCGAGAAUCCCAAUGCCUUGAGCGAGGUCUACAAUUGUCUGCACUAUUUCUGCCAGUCGUUGCAAUUGGAGGUGCUCUACACACAGACAUUGCGCCUUAACUACGAGCGUCUAGACGAUAACAAUGUGAAUGUGGAGGAGUAUGUGCCGGGCGUCAAGCUAACCGUUUCUUACUGGCGUGAUCUUAAGUCAGAGCUGGGCUAUCGGCUCACCGUUCAAUCGGAUCCUAGUGAAAUCGGUCGUCCUCUGGCUGUUGUUCAUGUUCCCUCGCUGGGUGCCAAGGAGUCCGCCGAGGUGGCUGAUCGUGCUGUGCGCUCUGAGCAUCUGUCCAUGGAACGUCUGAUUGUGCACACCGUCUACAUACGAUCCGUGUCCCGAUUGAGUGACCUUAAGCUUGAGUUCCAGGCCUUCCUCAAGGACGUUGACUUUAAUCUGCAAGGCACUCCGGCUAUUCUCACUGUGCCCGUGCUUUCACCCUGCUUGCGUGCAGAGCAGAUCCACAUAACCAUUGAUACACACACGGGCAUGUUCCGCUGCCAUGUGCCAAAGCAUCUGGAUUGCCCCAUUACGGAUGAGAUGCAGGACUGUUUAAAUGGCGAUCGCAGCAAGCUGCCAAUGUUGCUAUCGGAGCUACGCUACUGGAUCACCCACCGUCGCUGCGAGAAAACGCUCCAGCAUCUGCCUGCGACGGCCACCGAGACGCUGCCCUUCCUCAUGCUGCCCGAACAGGAACUGUUGCAGGCAGGUCGUCACAAGAUCUAUGUGAAGCUGCAUCGGCAUCCAAACAUUAUACUGGUGGUUCAGCUAAAGGAGAAGUCCGCAAUGCCCAACGAGAUGGAGUAUACGUUCCACUUGGGCUUUGUGGUCUAUCAAAAGGAUGAGAACGAUGUUGUGGAUGACUCGGCCAAGCAGCUGGUGUCCAUUGUGGCGCAAACGCCAUCAGAUAUACCCAAAUUCUACACAAAGCUGAUGCGUCUCAUUGAGUUUGACACAUUUGUGGCCACCCACGGACCCGGCACUGAGGUCGAUGAGGUAUCGCCACAUAAGCGCAAAUCAAAUGGCGAUAUUCUAGCACCGCCCGCCAAGCAACAAAAGACCAUUUUUCCAGCAUACUUUAUACCAGAAUUGGCACACGUUGUGGCCAUGUGCGAUGAGAAGAUACCGUUCCUCAAUCUGGCGCAAGCGCUUUCCAAGCAUCGCAUACCGCAUAGCGGCCUGCAAGUAGAGGCGAACGCCACUUCGCUCGUCCUAAAGAUUCUGGCACUGCCCAAACCGGGCUCCAGUCAGCCAGCAGCAACAGCAGCAGCAGCUGCAACUGGUGAGCCGGGCAAGCCAACUCCAGCAACGGCACCAAACUCAUCGACAGCGCUGCCCAAGAUUGAGUCACAUGUGUGGGAUGAUCUAAUGCGACGCGUAUUGUCCAUAUCUGUGCGAUCGCAGACCAACAAGAACAGCCAGGUGCGCAUCUGGGUGGUGGAGUUUGUGUUCUACAGCACCCCGCUGCAGAGUACACACCAAAAGGAGCAGGGUAGCCGUCGCACCGUCUAUCUGACCUACGAGCAGGCCAAUCAUGACUUCUCCAAGACAGUCGAGGAUCUGCUUAACGACUGGUCCAAGAUUGUCUAUCUCUAUACGCUAGUUCACGACUUUGCCGAGCAGUUAGGCAACAAGCGUCUUACUCUGGGCGAUAUGCUGGUUGUCAAGUCCUUCAAUUAUGUGAAUCUGCUGCUGGGAUAUGGACCCAAAAAAGAGGUCACCUGCAGCAUAUACUGGUCGGUGCAGUCGCAUGGAUUUCGGCUGACCUUUGUGGGCGGCAUCUCGGCGGUGAAUGCGCACUCCAUGAUGCGGGAUCAGCUCGCCCAGCAUCUCAAUCAGCAACACAGCCUCACGACGAUCGCUCACAUACUGCACGAGACAUACAAUCCCAUGAGCUCCAUUGCCAAGCUGCCUGUGAUCCCCUUGCUGGGCAUACCGCGCACUCAAGUGCCCGUGUUGUCAUUCUGUAUGCUGCCACAGUCGCCAUGCUUGAUGCGGUUGGCCUACCAGGCGGUUUACUGUCUGGAGCUACGUUUCCGUGCCAAUCGCCUUGUUUCUAUACGCGAUGGUGCCAGCAGUCGUUUUGAUCGCAAUGUCAUCGAGGAGUUUACGCCCAUACAGGGUCUGAAGGCAUUCCUGUCCAAGUAUGCGGAUGAGUCGGCUGUGUACCGAGGACGUGCACCGCAUGAGGACGACAAUCCGCUGUCGCCCAUGGGCCUCGAGGAUAACUUUGGCGGUCCGAGCAGUGUGACGGGCGUUAGUGCAGGCGGGUCAUCACCAUUUUUGAGCGCUGGCAUGCGUGGUCCACAGUCGCCGCGAGAUAGUGGAUUACGGUUUCCUGCACCGCAUACGCCGCCAUCGAGCUCAAAUCCGCACACACCGGCAAGUCCACAUCCGAGCGCUGGUGGCGGUGGCGCCGGAGGUGGUGCACAGAGUCAUGCCAACUUUAACUUGACAUCGCCACCAGCCCCGCAUAUGCCUCAUCCGUCACCCGGUGGAUUGAUGCCCUCAUCGCCGUUAAAUCCACUGCCUAGUCCGCACAUGGUGCACAGUCCGGGACCCAAUACGCUGUACAUGCAAAGCCAUCAGGAUUCGCCGUUCACAGCCAUGUCGCCGGCGAAUAAUAACUGGCCGGGAUCGCCGAGCAUGCCGCGUCCCUCGCCCCGUCCUGGCCAGAGUCCCGAACACAGAAGCACAGGUGGCGCCAAUGCGGGUGUGGGUGGAGCGGCUGAUCGAAGCGUCACUCGUGGCACCCUCAAUCGGCCCUGGGCUGGCGCUGUGCCAACGCUACUGACGCAUGAGGCAUUGGAGACCCUCUGCCGUCCCAGUCCACAUCCCAACAAAGACAUCAAUGUGGCCGAUAUGAGUCCACUGGAGCGUUUCCUGGGCUGUGUCUACAUGCGUCGCCAGCUGCAUCGCAACAUCCAGAGCGAAGAGACACUGACGGCACUCAAUUCAACGGAGCCGGGUGUGGUGCUCUUCAAGGUGGAUGGCCUGCAGUGCCAGGUGAUGCUCAAUCAGAUGCACAUGCAAUCCCUGCAUCUGAAGGUCACCCAACUGCCUCCAACGCCUGAUAAGAACACCUUCCCGCUGAUCCUCGACGAUCUACUCGUGAUCGAGCAGUACUUUGACACCCGGGUCGCUGCCCCGCCCUAUCGUCCCAAUGCGCUGCACAGCAUCUGCCGGCUGUUGAAUCUGCCCGGUCAUGUGCUCAAGGAUUUCGUGCAGAUCAUGCGACUGGAGCUGAAGCCCGAGCUGGGCGGCGAUCAGCUCAAGUGGACUGUGCAGAUGUGCAUGCGGGUGCCGCCAUCGGCCAUGCCAAUUGUGCCCAUUGGCAAUGCUUGUGUGGUGCUCGGCCGCAUGAAAAUCUUGUUCUUUUUGCACAUCACACGCAUACCGUACAAUGGCAAGGACUCGCUGGUGCUACCCAUUGUCCAUGACAUUGCCACCAAUCUGACGCAAGUGGCCGAGAAGCGGGAACAGGUCCAAUCACCGAUUAUGACAGCGGCGAGCACAUUGCUUCGUCGCUUUGCCGACUUUGGAGUACAGCAGAAUCAGUGCUCGCUCUUCCCGGCCAUCACUGAACUGCUGACCAAUCUGCAGCCGACAACGGAUUUGCCGCCACCGCCACCCAAUCAGUCUAUUGGUCCCCCAGUGGGUGUGGGCGUGGGUGUCGGCGUUGGUGUUGGUGUCGGUGUCGGCGUUGUGGGCGCCAGUCCGAAUGCAAUGAUGCCCAUGCAGCAGCUACAGCCGCAGGUGGGUGGACAUGGUCCACAGCUCGGGCCAAAUCUCAGUGUUCCGCAGUGAUGAAGGCGCAAGCGCCGCGCCUCCUCGGUACAGCCGUGAGGCGGCAUCCUGGCGCAAUUGCGACCAAAAACACAUACGGGAUUCCCAAUCAUCAUCCAUUUUAUUUAUUUGUUAAAUACCAGACAAAAUUAAUUGUACAUUCAGCAUGCGUCUUGCGCAUGUGAUGCAAGUCAAGAUCAAGAUCAAGAUCAUUAUCAGGAUCACGUUAUACAAACAAAAUCCUGACUACAAAUAACGAUUACAAUAAAGAACAAUAUAUUACUGUACACAAAAGUGCACUCAGUAAUUACACGCAAUAAAGCACUUACUAACUUAACUACUCUAA